CCAGCAUGCACCGCGGAAACAGCAGCAAAAAAUAGUCUGCUAACGAAAGGCUACGAAAAGGGAACCAGAAAAAGGGGGGUAGCUCAUCAGCUAAAUUCAACAGCAUAACUGUAUCCAACAUUACCCAGAACCGCUAACAUGGCUGACAACGAGAAACUGGACAACCAGCGACUGAAGAAUUUCAAGAAUAAGGGCAGAGAUUUGGAGACCAUGAGGCGGCAAAGGACUGAAGUAGUGGUGGAACUCAGAAAGCACAAAAGAGACGAACACCUUCUUAAGAGGAGAAAUGUGCCCCAUGAAGACAUCUGCGAGGACUCCGAUGUUGACGGAGAUUUCAGAUCUCAAAACACGUCUCUCGAGACCAUAGUACAAAAUGCCACCAGUGAUAACCAGGGCAUCCAGCUGAGUGCUGUUCAGGCUGCCAGGAAGCUGUUAUCCAGUGACCGUAAUCCCCCCAUAGAUGACCUGAUUAAGUCCGGGAUCCUUCCUAUACUGGUCCACUGCCUGGACAGGGAUGAUAACCCGUCCCUCCAGUUUGAAGCAGCCUGGGCUCUAACCAACAUUGCUUCGGGUACCUCAGAGCAAACCCAAGCUGUGGUUCAGUCCAAUGCUGUGCCGCUCUUCUUGAGGCUGCUUCACUCUCCCCAUCAGAAUGUGUGUGAACAGGCGGUCUGGGCCCUUGGAAACAUCAUCGGUGAUGGUCCACAGUGCAGAGAUUAUGUGAUCAGUUUGGGAGUGGUCAAGCCCCUGCUGUCCUUCAUCAGUCCCUCCAUUCCCAUCACCUUCCUCCGCAACGUCACCUGGGUCAUGGUCAACCUGUGCCGCCACAAGGAUCCUCCACCUCCGAUGGAGACGAUCCAAGAGAUACUGCCUGCUCUCUGUGUGCUGAUCCACCACACUGACGUCAGUAUCUUGGUGGACACUGUUUGGGCACUUUCCUACCUGACAGACGCUGGAAAUGAGCAGAUCCAAAUGGUCAUUGACUCCGGCAUUGUUCCUCACCUGGUACCUCUACUCAGCCAUCAUGAAGUCAAAGUUCAGACUGCAGCUUUAAGGGCUGUUGGCAACAUAGUGACUGGAACAGAUGAGCAGACGCAGGUGGUUCUUAACUGUGACGCCCUCAGCCACUUCCCGUCACUCCUCACCCACCCUAAAGAGAAAAUCAAUAAGGAGGCAGUGUGGUUCCUGUCCAACAUAACAGCCGGCAACCAGCAACAGGUGCAGGCUGUCAUUGAUGCAAAGCUGGUCUCCAUGAUCAUCCACCUGCUCGACAAGGGUGACUUUGGUACUCAGAAAGAAGCAGCCUGGGCCAUCAGUAACCUGACGAUAAGUGGGCGGAAAGACCAGGUGGCGCACCUCAUAGAGAAGCAGGUGAUCCCUCCCUUCUGCAACCUGCUCACAGUAAAAGACGCUCAAGUCGUGCAAGUCGUUCUGGACGGCCUCAGCAAUAUCCUGAAGAUGGCCGACGACGAGGCGGAAACGAUUGCCAAUCUCAUUGAGGAAUGUGGAGGACUGGAAAAAAUUGAGCUGCUGCAAAAUCAUGAAAACGAAGAUAUCUACAAACUGGCAUAUGAAAUAAUAGAUCAGUACUUCUCAUCUGAUGAUAUUGACGAAGACACCAGCCUGGUCCCAGACGCCAUCCAAGGCGGGACUUUCAGCUUUAACUCAGCCAACGUGCCAGCCAAGGGGUUCCAGUUCUAGACGUCACCUGGGCUUAUUCUGGAGUUUUGUUCGCGAUGCAGCACCCUGUUCAACAUAAACCAAUUAGGAGAGAAAGAGCGAGAGAGAGCGAGUGUGAGAAAUUCGAUCCAUUGUGCUUGGCUCGUGGGAUCCAUGGCUGCAUCUUAUAUGAGAGAAAAAUAUGUGGAUUUCAUUUGGCAUUCCAGAGGAACCAGCCCAAAUGAAGUUUGAGAUGGCGAGUGGGUGCGAGUGAGAAUGAGUGGCUACAUGUUGCAAAAAAAAACAUUCAAAAAAAGAAGCAAAACAUCUACAUCGAAUGCGUUGAGACACGCCGACGUAACUUCUUUAUCAGAGUUGUCGACUUCUGGAAAAUUUCUACAAGUGACAACAACAACAAAAAAACACAAAACAAAACACGUGGAUGUCUUUCCAGGGGGGAACCGAGGACAUUUGGAGCAGGAAAAUCAAGACGUCCUGACAGACCACCUUCAAAAACAGAUAUGAAUAUAAAUAUGGACAGAAAUGAACCGUGACUCAUUACAAUUAAGCGUUCCUCUCACCAGGAGGGGGCGCCACCUACGACGUGCCCCUCCCAAAACCGGCCACGAUUAUCAGACAGAGUAUGAAUGGACUCAUUGUGUAUGGAUGUCUGGACUCAGCGCUGAGGAGCCAGGUUCAUCUCCUCCAACGAGACGCCCCCCUCCCCUCCUCACCCGUCUCCCCCACCAGAAGGCGGGGCUAGGAGUCUGACUGAACGUGUCGCAUGUGCGAGAGAAUGGACGGACGAGAUGUGUGUGCGCUUGGCUGCGUGUGACUGGGAAGAGUGCGAGUCUGGGAGAGAGCGCAUGCAGGGAAGGGAAGCGAGAAAAAACGCAAACGACGACAUCUGAAGAGAAACUCAACAACACGUUGACGCAAAGGUUGCAGGAAAGUUAAUUCUGCCUUUUGAAUGAGGCUGAUCCUCAAAUUUCUGAAAGGAAGAACUUAGGAAAAAAAUGAAAAAAAAAAAUCAUAAAGAUUAAUAUUUUUUGUUUGGAAUUAUAAUUUAGUAUUAAUUGACACUGGACAUUCUUUCUGUUAGGUGUGGAGGAGCAGCCUGCGUUAAAUUAAGAUGCUUUUGGGCUUUUUUUUUCUCCAGUGUGUUCCUUUUUUUUUAUUAUAUAUAUAUUUUUUAUUUUCAGCUUUUAGUUUCACUUCUUUUCUGUAAAGGUGAAUGAUGAUCAUCAUCAUUAUAUCCCUCCCUUCCUCCUGACCCCCCUAAGCUGAACACCAGAUGUGG